GUAGUAAGUGAUUGACCAAUUAGUUGUGAUGAAAGGAAAGGGGCAUCAGAGAGCAGCGCUUAGUAUUUCUCACUAGUCACUUGAAGUAAUAAUUGUUUAUUUAAUAUUCACUGCCAACAAGAUGUCAUUUGUAUAUCGAAUACAGAGUAAGCAAUUCAGAGUGAGGCGGGAAAUUAAAACAAAUAAUAAGCUAGCUGUGGUUGAUUCUGGUUGCGUUCGGUCGUGUAAGUAGAUUGUUUUGUUCAUGAAAAGGAAGGCAAGUCUUGAGUUUUCUGUGACAAUCCCCUUGAUUUAAUAGGGUUGAUGUGAAUCGUAUCAGUGAGUGUCAGUGAACAAGUUGUUUAGGACGCUGUGGCAAGGAACAGAUUAGUUGUAACUUUCCGGGUGAAAAUGGUUCUUCACAGGAUUUUCUGGUCCAUGAAACCAGUGAGCGCAGGGCUAGCACUUUUGCCUCGCACGGCCUCAUAUUGUCAUUCAUCGGGCAGAAAAAGCUUCGACAAUGAAGAAACCCACUUUGGCUUUGAAAGAAUAAAAGCGCACGAAAAGAACGAGAAAGUAAGGGAAGUUUUUGAUUCUGUCUCAUCUACAUAUGAUAUCAUGAAUGAUGCAAUGAGUUUUGGUGUGCAUCGGUUAUGGAAAGACAUUUUUAUACAAAGAUUAGGACCCACCCAAGGUACACGACUGUUAGAUGUCGCUGGUGGAACAGGAGAUAUUGCAUUCAGGUUCCUGAAAUACUUGAAAAACAAGGAGUGUUCUGAAAAUAAUGCAUUAGGUGUGAAGAGUAAUGUGACAGUUUGUGACAUAAACGAGGCCAUGCUAAAUGUUGGAAGAUCCAGAUCAAAAUCUUUCAGUUGGAUUGACUCCUCUGAUAUUUCCUGGGUUCAAGGAGAUGCAGAAAAGUUACCGCUGAACAGUGACUCAUAUUGUGCAUAUACAAUUGCGUUUGGCAUUCGAAAUGUCACACACAUUGAAAGAGUACUAGAAGAAGCAUACAGGGUUCUCAAGCCAGGAGGAAGAUUCAUGUGUUUAGAAUUUAGUCAUGUUCACAAUCCCUAUUUACAGUGGUUAUACGACCAGUAUUCUUUUCAAAUUAUUCCGGUCAUGGGACAGGUGAUAGCAGGGGAGUGGAAGCCAUAUCAAUACCUCGUAGAAAGUAUAAGACAAUUUCCGAACCAGGAAGACUUCAAGCACAUGAUACAAUGUGCAGGUUUUCAACACGUAACAUAUGAAAAUCUCUCAUUUGGUGUAGUAGCUAUCCAUUCAGCCUUCAAAUUUGGCGUGGUAGUCGUACAAGGUAAUCGGUUUGCUUUCAAGGUGGAGGGAGAUACAGAAAAAUCAGAUAUGUCGUAUGGACGAAAUGAAUGUAGAAUAUACGUGGGAAACCUUCCACCAGAUAUUCGCACUAAGGAUAUUCAAGAUCUUUUCUACAAAUUUGGUAAAGUAACAUUUGUCGAUUUGAAGAAUAGACGGGGCCCGCCUUUUGCUUUUGUUGAAUUUGAAGAUCCACGGGAUGCGGAGGAUGCUGUUCAUGCUCGAGAUGGUUAUGAUUAUGAUGGGUACAGACUUCGUGUAGAAUUUCCUCGAGGUGGUGGGCCUGGAGGAUUUCGUGGGGGGAGUCGGGGUAAUGGUGUUGGAGGAGGAAGCGGGAGAGGCCGCGGCCCCCCAGCCCGAAGGUCACAAUACAGAGUUUUAGUUUCAGGAUUACCACCGUCAGGCAGUUGGCAGGACCUAAAGGAUCACAUGCGAGAAGCAGGUGAUGUUUGUUUUGCAGAUGUCUUCAAAGACAGUACAGGGGUUGUGGAGUUCCUUCGAUAUGAAGACAUGAAGUAUGCUGUGAAGAAACUUGAUGACUCCCGGUUCCGCUCCCAUGAGGGUGAAGUUUCAUACAUUAGAGUUAAAGAGGAUUAUGGCAGCGGUAGCAGCGGGCGCGGUUCUGGUGGUCGGUCCCGUUCCCGAUCAUAUUCACCACGUCGUCGAGGAUCACCUACUUACUCACCAGUGCGCCGCAGCUUCUCCCGUUCACGAUCACGUUCACGGUCACGUUCCUACAACUGAAUUUUUGUGGAAAACAACAUCAGUAACGGAUGCAAAAUGGUGUAAGGCUUCUUCAUAACCCCUUCUCCAUUGAUAUAGACAUAACAGAAAGUGAUGCAAUCUUUGUUAGAAUUAACUCAUCACGUCUAUGUAAUAUUUUUGUUAGCGUUUCUGUUUUCAGUCAGUUCUAUUUUUAAUUCUGUUCAAAAUGUGUAUAGACAUUGUCAAGCAGAAGUGGGUGUUCACAGCAUCACUAUUGAACAUUGUGAAAAUUGGGUGGGAGUGUACAAUUGUAACUUGUUUAAUGUAGGAUAUGCAGGUUUGUGGAAGCAAUACUAUGCAGGUGAAUACCUAAGCUGCAAAAAUUGUGAUGAUGAGAUGCAUUGUACUCUUGUUCCAGCUGUUGGGUGCAUUUACAAAAAAAAAUAUUUUUUUUUUCUUCCCCAAGUGCAAUUUAGUUUUCAAACGGUCAUAAAAAUCAUUUAUAUUCAAUUCUUAUUAACGAAUAAUUAACUGAAUUGCAGUUACAAAGAUUUUAAAAUUACAUUCCAUCAAGCAAAAUGGAUUUUCUGCAAGCUGGAUAUGUAGUAGUAGUUAGCGUUAUAAAAAUUCUGAUCAUGCCAUAAUUGCUAAGUAGGCUGUUGAGUUUUAGAAGUAAUGUGUCAAUACUUUGAGCAGUUGAGUGAUGUAGAUUGUGAAAAUGUUUAUUUUGUACUUCUUACCUGGGUAGUUCUUUGUCCAGAUUACUUAAUAUUGCUAAACAGUUUAUAAAUGUGAAAGAUAACAGUUUUCAUGUUAAAAAUGGGUACCUUUACUUAUAAUGUAGAAAUAGUUCCAUGUUGGGCAGCUUUUCCAUGAUUGUCAUGUUCUGCAUUUAGUGGAAAAGCUGUUUGCAUAUAUGACAGACAUUAAUGUUGUAUUCUCUUUUUCUUUUUUUAAACGGACUUGGAUAGCAAUUGUAAAGGAAUUGGCAUCCUUUGGAAUUAAUACACAUUAAACAUGACCCUCUGUGUCUGGAUUUCAUUUGGAUGAAGAGGAGAAAUGCAUCUUCAUGUACCUUUGCAUGGAUUUGGAAUGUCUGUGGAUACCGUAUGGAACAGGAUCAGGAAUGUUGGAUGGAAAUUAUUUCAAAUAUACCGUCCCAAGAGGAUUUUUGGAAUGAACGUUUUUAAGGAAUCGCUAAGGAUAAUUGGAUAAUAUUUCAACUGGAUCUGGUCGCUUAUUUAGAAUUGGCUCACACAGAAAAGGACACCAGGAUUUCAGUCAGGGGAAAAAAACAGGAUUCUGGAUGACCUUUUUUUGUGCUGGCCCAGGAAUGAAUGCAGGAAUAUGCUCACUCAUUCUGCCGACCCAGGAUCGAGGGCAGGAAUCGGCUUGCUCAAUAUCACAUUUCGCCGCCCGACACAUGCGAAAAUUUGUGCUUCUAGUUUAGCACAACAUAUCCCCUUCCAAACACAGACUCCUACGUUGCAUCUUUAAGUCACUCAAUAGUUUGACUGAAUUGUUGAAUGUCUUGGCCGCGCGGAACUUGCCUACUCGCCGAUGGAAAGGAAGCCCAAGACAUUUUGGAACUUUUUCCACUGGAAUCCUCUCCAUACGGAUAUGCAAGUUAGGAUCGGCGUAGGACUCCCAGGAUGUCUCGCUCGCAUGGAGGGAUUGCAAAGGAAUGCCUGUUUAUUGCGUGGUGGGACGCCGAGGGAGGAGAGUCGGCUCUAGGUACGUCCUGCCCUUCUGUUACAGGCCAGGGGCUCAAUCGCUGGGGUUUUGCAUGUAAUGCAUUUAGCUUGCGUCACCUCUGCAUGUUCUGUGUAAUCUGCUUCCUUGUCCAGUGUCCUGUCUGCAAUGUGUCUUAGUUUCCCUCCUGUUUGUGACUUCAUAAAUGCAGGGCCCGUUUUUAAUUACUGAAAAACCCCGGUGAUUAUUUUUUUAAGUGUGCAUGUGGUGACCUCCCCCUUGGUUUAAUAAAAGAAACACAGGCUUGGGAAGAGACAAAUUUCGCAUUUGAGGGCGGUCUUUGUGGUGAAAUCAGCGAGGUGAGGUGGGCAAUUUUCCAGGUACUUUUCGAAAUUUCGGGAUUCUAAAUUCCAUGCGCUUAAUAUGAGGGAUCUAAAUGGUUAGGUAUAGUAUGUUGCCUUCCUGCAUUGUGUGGAAAUAUUUUAUGAUCAGUCUGGUUUAACAGUACUGUGAUUUUUUUUAUUUUUAAUUUUUUUUUACACUAAUAUUUUGUAUGCGAGUGUGUGGUUAUUUGGUGAAUGAGCUGGGUGCAUGCUUGUGUUGGGUAGUUGUAAUAUUUUCUUUCAGCACUGCCAGUGAUGCACAGAAUGGAAUUGGUUGCCUACAUCGGGAACAAGGUUUUUGAAAUAUUUUUUAUGCACAAUUGCAACAAAGUCACUAUAGCUGAGCAGAUGUGAGUGAAUGCUGGAGAUCCCAAAAUAUUUGGAAUGUCAUAAAUUUUAUUGUACAUUCAUGAUAACCCAAGACCAUCACACAUUUUAGAUACGGUUUUCAAUUUUAUUAAUAAAAUAGUCUUCAGAAUUAGGUAUGCAAAGGACAUGAUUUGAAAAUCUUUGAAUUGUAUAUAUGGAAAUGACUGUGCAUUAUAAGUUUUUACUUUCAGUGAAAGGAAAAUGUGUAUCUUUUAGCUGUGAUGAGUUUUGUGGCAAAGUAAUUACUUUUAAGAAGUCAUUCUUUAGAGAGGUUUUUGACGUCACAUGAUUUUCUUAUAAACAAUCAACAUUAAUAAAAAAUUUAGGACCAU